CAUGGAGAAAGAAAAUAAUGUAAAAACAAAUACUACUUCAAUUGGAAAUGGAAAUUCGAGCUCCAACACCAUGUUUGAUAUCGAAAAAGAUUAUUCGUUAAGUUUUUUAUUAGAAACAAUGUUUGGUGUUGAUGAACAUCAAGAUUGUUAUAAUACUACAACUAGUUCCAUUUUCGAUUUGCUAAUGUUUCCAUCUCAACAGCAACGUUUUAUUACUUGUUCAUCACUUCCAGAAUCAUCAUCAAUAUUAUCUGAUCAUUUGAUUAGUAAUGUCGUCCCAGUAAUACCAAAUUUAUCGUCGAUUUCUUCAUCAUCAACUGAAUUACCUGCUCAUGAAGAUCAUCAACACAAGUAUAAGAAACAGUUAAAACCUAAUAAGAAGAAGCAAAAGGGCAAAAAAGAGCCAAGAUUUGCAUUCAUGACAAAGAGUGAAGUUGAUCAUUUGGAUGAUGGUUUUAGAUGGAGGAAAUAUGGACAAAAAGCAGUAAAAAAUAGCCCCUUUCCAAGAUUUAAAAUUACAAAUUCUACGAACACUUUCGAUUGUGGAUGCAGGAGCUACUAUCGUUGCACAACAUCAUCAUGUGGUGUGAAAAAGAGAGUAGAAAGAUCAAUUCAAGAUACUUCAAUAGUUGUUACAACUUAUGAAGGUGUACACACACAUCCAUGCCCUUUAACGCCACGUGGAUGGGUCGGAGUUCAGCCGGUAACCACCACCUAUGGUGGCCGCGUUGGUGGUGGUGAUAGUGGAGGAAGAAGUCAUUAUGGUGAUUAUUCCUCUUCCUUAUUUUCAACUAAUAAUUCACUGCAAGAAAAAAGGUUUUGGAAUUCUUCUAAUUCCUCUUUGGCUAAAGAUGAUCAUGGACUUCUUCAAGAUAUGGUGUCAUCACGUAUGAGAAGUGAUCUUAUAGAAGAGUAGGAAAAACGAGUACGAUUUAUAUAGUCGAUCUCAAUUUAUUUGAAACGUUUUUAGCUAAGUUAAUAGUAGCAAGUUCUUUUAUUAAAUGGUGUUAUUUUUUUUCAUGUUGUAGAAUUCUUUGUAGUAAAAUAAUUUUGUCUUUCAUCAAAUCUAUCUCAUUUUACUCAUUUAUCACUUCAACAAAAACAA